AGAGAGAGAGAGAGAGAAUGAGUAGAGGAGCAUCAAUAAUACUAACACACAGGCUGGCACACGAGCAAAACGGGAAUCCGGCAGGAAGACGAAGGAGCUAUCACAUCCAGGAACAGGAAACAGAGCGAGGGAGAGGAGGUACUGCGCCUGAUCGAUGAUCGAUGCCAUGCCGGUGCUUUCUGCAGGUGCAGGACUCCAUGAGACGCUGGCCCUGCUGACUGCCCAGCUCUGCCCAGAUGCCAAGCACACGGAGGACAUGGUCUUCCUGAGGGAUGUCUUCAGUGAGAAGAGCCUCGCUUACCUCAUGAAGAUACAUGAGAAGCUGCGACAGUAUGAGCACCUCAGUCCCACUCCUGUUCUCCACAGUGCCUCCUCUCUGGCAGAAGAUGUAGCCGAGGAGUUGCAGAGCGGGCCAAUGAGCAACGACGAGAAGGAGCUUCUGCAGCUGCUGACAGCUCCACACCUUAAGGCUGUCCUCACAGUGCACGACACAGUUGCCCAGAAGAGCUUCGACCCUGUGCUGCCGCCACUGCCCGACGACCUGGAUGAUGGGCUGGAGGAGGAGUCAGUAAAGAUUGUGCGCCUGGUUAAGAACAAGGAGCCGCUGGGGGCAACCAUCCGUCGAGAUGAGGCCACUGGUGCGAUCGUAGUGGCCCGAAUUAUGAGGGGUGGGGCUGCAGACCGUAGUGGCCUCGUGCAUGUAGGAGAUGAGCUGCGAGAAGUAAAUGGCAUUCUCGUCAUCCACAAGAGACCCGAUGAAAUCAGUCAAAUUCUGUCACAGUCUCAAGGCUCUAUCUCUCUCAAAAUAAUUCCAGCGAUAAAGGAGGAGGACAGGCUGAAGGAGAGCAAGGUAUACAUGAGGGCCCUGUUUGACUAUGUGCCCUCUGAGGACAAGGCCACGCCCUGUCAGGAGGCGGGACUUCCUUUCCAGCGUGGCGACAUUCUGCAUGUGGUGAGCCAGGAUGAUGCCACGUGGUGGCAGGCCAAGCGGGUGGGUGACAGCAAUCUGCGUGCAGGCCUUAUCCCCUCCAGACAGUUCCAGGAGAGGCGAUUGGCUUACAGGAUGAAAACCGGGACCCUACAGAAUCCCAAAGCAUCCAAACCACCAGUUUACGACCAAGCUUGUGACAAAGAGGACUGUGACUGUGAGGGCUAUUUCAAUGGACAGUACAUAGUUUCUCCAAAGUGUAAAAGAGUCCCACGUUCCUGUAGAGAAGCUCUUUCCUGGGAGUUUUACACAGCUGGCCUUAGGAGAAGCUUCCGUCUGAGCCGCAAGGACCGCCAUGGAGAAUCCCGCCCCCCAGAGUCUGCCGAGCCGGAGUUCCUGACCUAUGAAGAGGUGAUGCGGGACCAGCGGCGUCAUGGUGACAGGCCCCGUCUGGUGGUGCUCAUUGGUUCCCUGGGCGCACGGAUCAAUGAGCUGAAGCAGAAGGUGGUUGCGGAGAACCCCCAGCGCUAUGGAGUGGCCGUGCCGCACACAACCAGGCCUAAGAAAAGCCAUGAGAAGGAAGGGGUGGAGUAUCACUUUGUCUCUAAACAGGCCUUCGAGGCAGACGUACAGAGCAAUAAAUUUAUUGAGCAUGGCGAAUACAAGGAAAACCUAUAUGGCACAAGUAUGGAGGCGAUUCGCAGUGUACUGGCCAGGAAUAAGCUCUGUUUGGUGGAUGUACAGCCAGAGGCUUUGAAGAUUCUGCGCAUGCCAGAGUUUAGGCCCUAUGUGAUUUUCGUGAGGCCCCGGAUCCCAGAGGGCCAGCGUCGCCGCAGUGCUGCCACAUCGCCGGGGCAAGGAGAGCCUGGCCGUGUCACGGUGAGACUGGCGUGGAAGCCACAAGGUUGCUCAGUUCAGGGCUCUGCUGCCAUAUGUUUGAGCAAACGAUUCGACCCAAACAGAUUGAGCAGAGGUGGGCAAACUUUUUGGCGUAAGGUCCAAGUAAAUUUAUUUAAUAGUAAGGUGGGCCACUUCUGUUACAGACAGUCUAACAUAAAUGGAUUAGGCAAAAAAUCCAGUUCAAGAAGAGAGAGUUAAAAAUCAAUUUUUAAAUAUCAGUUUAAACAUAGCUUACUCAAAUUACGUUCGACACAUUAGUUACUUAUUAUAUAUUUAACUAGCUGCACACACAUUUUGCUAAGGGAUUGACAUGUGCGAGUCUGGCAUGGUGUAGCUAUGGGCAAUAUCCCUGAUUUUCUUUUCGAUCGCAUUUGAUCAAGUACGAAGGCUGGUAUUGCUAUCUUGUGUGCAAUAUAUGGAAAUAGAGCUGAACGAUAUUGGAAAAAAUUCAGAAUGUAAUAUUUGGAUUUUUUACAAUGAAUAUUGUGAUAUUUAUAAAACAAAAAGAGGUGAGAAAUUUACCCAAAAUAAAUUGGUAGAGAUGCUGUGAGUUGUGCCAACAGACGCAAAGCUGUGCCAACAAAGAACUUGCUUUUGCUGAAUAUCCUCUCUGUGAAGACCAAAAUAUUUCUAUGCAGUGAAAGACGAAUGUCUUUCUGUGACCAGUUCUUAUUUGCUUUUCUCCUCCACUCAUGUUUGUUAAAUUUCUCACGAACGUACCAGACUGUGUAUGAGUAUCUCCAACAGCAAGGACGAAAAUGACUGUCAAGGGCUCGGAGAGCGCAUGCAAAGCUCAUGGAAAAAACAGAAGUGGUAAACUUUAGACUGAUUUUUUUUAACAUAUACUACAUAAAAAAAAAACUGCAGAAUUUUGUUUCCUAAAACAGAGUAAAAAAUGUUUCAUAAAAAUUGGUACGUCGUUAUGUUUUAUAUAGUGGCCUGUAACCCAGCAUUGUACAGCCCAUAGAUUUGCUUACAUUCAUUAUGAGGUAGACCACCUCAUGCUAACAGCCAAGAAGCCGAAUCAUGCAACUUCAUACCCUAAUAGAUGAUAAAGUAAUCGCUGCAGUGUACUCAGGUAGGUAGUGUAGCUAGCAGUACAAAGUUGUGCAAUAGCUUAAAUAAUCAGAUCUGCUACAGAUGCUUAACAAUAUUUCACCUUUAAAUAUGUCAGCUAGCUAAGAAUAUUAAAUUAGUAGUUAAUGAGAAUUGUCUAAUUUCAAAAUGCACUAUGAUAUGCUUGGACGGUACUAAGGUAAUAUGGUAUACUAUAGUAUUUUGAGUUUGUUAGUAAAAUUCUAGAGCAUGGAGCAUCCCUACCUCAUUCAGCUAAUUUUAUUGCCAAGAUCUCAAAAUACCACAGUAAACCCAAAAUAUAUUUGAAAAUACCAGAACAGUGUUGUACAAAGUACUGGGCUUUCAGAAUGUACUUUGCCAGACAUAACAAUUUUACAUAUUAUCUUGUAAAAUAACUCCACACAAAGCUAUUUUCUUUCCAUUGGUUCAGUCUCUAACUGCACCUUUCUUCUCCCACUGUUCUUUAUGUAUAAUAAGACUGACAAACUGAUAAAAUAUCACUACUUUGACAUUACAAUCUAUUCUCAAAACAGAAACAUUAAGACUGAAAGGACUGAUAAUUCAGCAUCGAUCCACAAUGCACUGUGCGCCAUCUAGGGGCAUAGAUGACUAUAUAAUCACCAAAUACAAUAAACAAAAACAAUAAAUAAAUGUUUGAUUCAUUUUUUGCUUAAUGGGCUGGUUAAAGCUGAUUGGUGGGCCGGAUCCAGCUUGUAGGCCAUAGUUUGCCCUACUCUGGCUUAGAAUGAAAACAUAUAACUGUGUAAAUCAAUAUAUACUCACCUAAAGGAUUAUUAGGAACACCUGUUCAAUUUCUCAUUAAUGCAAUUAUCUAAUCAACCAA